GGGGUUUAAUUAGUUAAAGCUUAAACCCUAGCUACUCUUCUUCCUGCGAAUAUUUUGUUGCAGAUUGUGAAUUUUUGUUAGCUGAAAAUCAAAGAAAAACAAUGCAUAAUCAGCAACAACAACACAGUAACUGUAAUGGCACUGCUCCUAUCACUUCUCAACAGAUUUUUGCAGCAAAUCCUGCACUAGCAAAUUUAUGCAAUUUGUUAACAAAUUCUAUGCCUAUGCCAAUGCAAAUGCAAAUGCAAAUGCAACCUCAACUGCCUCCGGUUCCUUUCAAUAAUUCCAAUAUGUAUCAACCUCCUGCUUUUGCUAAUCCUCAUAUGUUUGUCAAUCAGUUCAAUCCGCAAUGCCCGCCUUUUCCCUUUAAUUUCUCCAAUUUCCCUCAAAAUAUGGCUACUCCUAAUUUACACAAUCCGUAUUCGGGUUUGCCUAUUCAAAAUCCCAACUUCUUUGCUCUUGGAAACCAACCCAACCCAACUCAGCAAUUAAAUGGAAGCAUGUCCCAAAUGCCGCCUAUGCAUAACUCGCAGCAUGCUGCCUCGUUUAACCACCAGGAUUAUCCUAUUAAUAAUGGUCAGAAUACUGCAUCCAGUUCCAAUUGGAAGAAAUUUCCAAACAAAGACUUCAAAGAUAAUCAAAAGCAAGAGGCGUCACCACCGGGACACUACAAGACUCAAUUUCAGCAUAUGAAUAACGGAAAGAGGAAGUUUGGCGAGCACAGGGGUAAAGGGAACGGCUAUGAGAGGGAGCCAAAAUUCAGGCCCAAUAAUAAUUCUAGUGAUGUGACUAAGCAAGUAAAGGAACCGAAAAGGUCUAUUGCAAGGAUCUAUACGGAACAAGAAAUCAAACAAUGGUGUGAAGAGCGUAAGAAAAACUUCCCCUCAAAAGCUAACUUGAAGAAGAGGGAGAUACUAACAGACUCUGGGGUCAUUGAUAAGGAAGCUAAACUUCGUCGAGAGCAACUUAAAGAGAUUCUGGCAAAGCAAGCUGAGUUGGGAGUUGAAGUUGCAGAAAUACCAUCACACUACCUAUUAGAUUCCGAGAAACAGGUAAAUGAAAAGGAAGACAAAAGGUGUAUGUCAAAACGGGGGAGAUUCCGAAAGAAGCAUGAUAGAAGAGGAAGACAUAACAAAAAGGAUAAGUUAGCAGACAAGGAUUCGUCCAACAUUAAUUCAUUCAGCCAGCGGAAACCAACACUCUUGCAGAAACUUCUGAGUGCAGAUGUAAGGAAAGAUAAACUCCGCUUGCUGCAGGUUUUUAGGUUCAUGGUUAUCAACUCUUUCUUUGAUGAUUACCCAGAGAACACUCUGAAAUUUGAUUCAGUGUCUGUUAAGGAAGAUGAAGUAGUUGCAGAAGAGCCAUCAAUUGCAGGGAAGGAUAUUUCUAACGUUAGCGACAAAACAAGAGUCGAAAAUGCUUGUAUUGUUGGUGAUAAUGACGAUAGUGAUAAGCAUGAGGUUCAAGUAGAUGAAGGGACAUGUUUUGUCCGAGGAAAAAGUCAUGUGGAUCAAAAUGACAUCAAGGAAGAAGAAGGAGAAAUCAUCGACUAAGAUUGCUUCUUCCUUUCAGUUUUUUUUGGUUGUGUUUGGUGUUCAUAAGUUAUAUGUAUGUUCUAUUGCUUUGGUAUUAUAAAUAUCCUGAUUCUGAAUUUUUAUAAUCUUAAGUUUACUAUUUUCUCA